UAUCCAUCAUCAGCUGGACUCAGCAUGACCUUUAGUGACCUCCUUGUGUGUGGAGCAGCCUGGGGUGCUGCAGAAGGUGCAGGGGAUGGGCUGGUACCUGGACGAGGCCAACAUCGCUCAGGUGUCCACCAACAUCCUGGACUACGAGCUGACCCCCCUCCACACCGUGUACGAGGAGAUCUGCAGGGACGCUGAGGACCUAAAGCUGCCUGUAGUCGGCUCUCAGAUCGUGGGUCUGAUCCCUCUGAAGGCUCUUCUGGACGCUGCUGACUUCUACAUCCGCAGAGACCAGCUCUUCAUCAUCGAAGAGGAGCACAAAGUCCGGCUGGUGAUCAGUAAACUCGGCCUCGACUCUCUCGGCCCGUUCAACCCGAAGGAGAGAAUCAUAGAGUACAUGGUGAGGUCACGGGAGGACAGCCGGCUGGUGUCUCUGUCUCUGCAGCAGUUUGUUCAGAGUGUCGGCGCUCGGACGGCGGCUCCCGGUGGAGGAUCAGUUUCCGCUGCUAUCGCUGCUCUGGGGGCAGCGUUGGGCGCCAUGGUGGGUCAGAUGACUUACGGGAAGAGGCAGUUUGAGAACCUGGACGGGGUGAUGAGGAGACUGAUUCCUCCGUUUCACCAGGCCAUGAACGAUUUGCUGCUUAUGGUGGACGCUGACUCGUCCGCCUUCAACAGCUACAUGGCGGCGCUGAAAAUGCCAAAGAACACUGCAGAGGAAAUGAAGAGGCGACAGGCUGCGAUGCAGGAGGGUCUGCAGCAAGCGGCGGGCGUCCCGCUGGCUCUGGCUGAGAGGAUCAGCGUCCUCUGGCCGUCUCUUAAAGAAAUGGUCGUCCACGGGAACAUGGCCUGCAAGUCUGACGCUCAGGUGGCAGCUAAAGCUUUGGAGACGGCUGUUUUCGGCGCGUAUUACAACAUCACCAUCAACCUCAAAGACGUCGCAGACGACACCUUCAAGACAGCCACUCAGGCGAGAGCGUCGGCGUUGCUGCAGGAAGCGAAGGAGAGCGCUGCCGCCAUCCUCCAAGCUGCUGAGGAGAGAAAGUGAAAACGCACGAAGAAGAGAAGCUGAUGGUCCACAAACAUCUGAAUACAUCUGAUACUUACACAACGUUUCACCUCCCAACCUGCCGCUCUGUGACGUGUCUUGCAGCAGUGCACUCUGGGACUUGACUUUAGUCUUGUCUUAAUAUUUCUUCUGUCAGUGAAACUUCUGGCUGCAGCUUGUGUCUUUAUUUCCCUCCUGAUCCAACCAGGAGGGUUUCAUGUCCGAGUCUUCCUGCCUCUUUAGUUUUCUACUUCAUUUCAGCUCCAGGAAACAUUUGCUUUAAUGAUCAGCUACAAGUCAUUUGAAAAAAGAAGUAAAAGAUGAGAACUUCUCAUCAACAAACAGUGAAUUCAGUGACGUGAUUACGUUAUUGGUAGAUCGUUAUUGUUAUGGUAGUGACAAAUUAAGGCCAAGCAGAUGGACAACUAAUAACUAAUCAAUAAAACAACACAACCAGUCAAAUCAACAGAAAUGAAACCAUGAGUCCAUCAUGGGGUGUUUUCUAAACAUGUUCUGAUGUAAAAGGUGAUGCUUUCUGAUGUUGAAGAUUUCAGUAUUAAUCCAGACAUUAAAGUGCUGCCAAACUGUGAAACACUUAAUAAUAAAUAAAUAAAUGAAGCACUUCUAUUGUGA